AUGAUUAAGGUUCAUAGAAUCAGCUCUGUCGAGUGGAAGCCCUCAGCCGUCGUGGCCCUAGCCACUAGCGCCGACGGCUCUCAGGUCGCCGCUGCCCGCGCAGAUGGCUCGCUUGAGAUUUGGCUCGUUUCUCCCGGCUCCGUCGGCUGGCACUGUCAGCUUACGAUACACGGGGACCCUAAUUCGAGAGUGUCGUCGUUGGUGUGGUGUUGGUCGGGGCCGAGAGGUGGGCCAUUGGGCCGACUGUUGUCUUCAAGCAUCGAUGGGUCAGUUUCAGAGUGGGAUUUGUUUGAUUUGAGGCAAAAGAAAGUUCUAGAUUCCAUUGGCGUCUCGAUUUGGCAGAUUGCUGCAGAGCCAUGUAAUGAUUUGCUGCUCAGUAGUAGGGAAGAAAUGAAACCUCAUGAGAAUGGUCAAGCCAGUCCUGAAACCACUAGUGAUGUUGAUGAAGUGGAGGGCAGUGAAAGUGAAGAUGAAGAUGACAAUACAGCGCUACAUGAAAUUCAAAUCCAAGAUGAUGAAAAGAGUACCCGUCUGGCACUGGCUUGUGAUGAUGGCUGUGUGCGGAUCUAUGGUGUGUCAGAUGAAGAAAAGCUUACUUACAAUAGAACAUUGCCAAGGGUCACCGGACGUACACUAAGUGUAACCUGGAGUCCUGAUUCGAGUAGGAUUUAUUCAGGGAGUAGUGACGGGUUCGUUAGAUGUUGGGAUGUAAAGUCUUUUCAUGAGGUCUACAGAAUAACUGUUGGGCUUGGAGGGCUGGGCAGUGGAAGGGAUUUAUGUAUAUGGUCUUUACUUGCAUUGAGAUGUGGAACCAUUGUUAGUGGGGACAGUUCUGGUAGUGUGCAGUUCUGGGAUGGUAAGUUUGGAACCCUUUUGCAGGCACAUUCUUAUCACAAGGGCGAUGUUAAUGCAUUGACAGCAGCCCCCAACCACAAUAGAGUUUUUUCUGCUGGAUCUGAUGGUCAGGUUGUACUGUAUAAACUUUCUAGUGAGAUUGUUGCCUCCGGUGACAGAAAGUUGACUCCAGACGCUAUUAAGAAAUGGAUAUAUGUUGGUUAUGUGAGAGCUCAUACACAUGAUGUGAGGGCAUUGACUGUGGCUACCCCCAUCUGCCAUGAAGAUCUGCCACCCAAUGAAAAGGUGAAGAGGGCACGAGGUCGCCAGAAGCCCCUUGAAUUCAGUUACCAUAAGUGGGCCCAUUUGAGUGUACCCAUGCUUAUCUCAGCCGGUGAUGACACUAAACUUUAUGCCUAUUCUGUAAAAGAGUUCACCAAGUUUUCGCCACAUGAUAUAUGCCCUGCACCACAGAGAAUGCCAAUGCAACUUGUGCCUAAAACAGUUCUCAAUCCGACUCCAUUGCUUUUGAUCCAGGCUGCCCACUCAUUAGACAUCUGUUAUGUGCGUUUAAAAGGCCAUAGUGCAUCCAAUUUUGGUCUUGGAACACCUGGUGGGCUUGCAAGCACAGAUUUAAUAGCUCGAGUUAAAUGUAAGGUUUCUCAGAAGAUCAUUUGCAGUGCUAUUUCUUCGUCAGGCACUUCAUUUGCCUAUUCAGACCAUGUAAAACCCAGUUUAUUUGAAUUGAGGAGAAAUAAAUCAGGCAAGGGUUCGUGGACUGUAAAUAAAAGGCCGCUGCCUAAGGAAUUGCCAUUUGCUCACUACAUGGUUUUCACUUCUGAUUCUUCACGAUUACUAUUAGCUGGGCAUGACAGGAGGAUAUAUAUGGUAGAUGUGGGAAGUACGGAAUUAGUGCAUGCUUUCACUCCUUGCCGCAAAGACGAUGAUCAGACCCUGCCGCCCGGUGAACCUCCCAUCACAAAGAUGUUCACAAGUGCUGAUGGCCAGUGGUUUGCUGCCAUCAACUGUUUUGGAGAUGUGUAUAUUUUCAAUCUUGAGACACUAAGACAACACUGGUUUAUAUCGAGAUUGGAUGGAGCCUCUGUAACUGCUGGUGGUUUCAGUCCACAAAACAGCAACGUUCUCAUAAUCUCCACCUCGUCAAAUCAGGUGUAUGCAUUAGAUGUGGAAGCUAAGCAGUUGGGAGAGUGGUCCAUGAAACACACUUUUUCUCUGCCUAAAACAUAUCAAGAGUUCCCUGGAGAAGUUAUUGGUCUUUCCUUCCAACCAUCAUCUAAUUCUUCUUCUGUCAUAGUCUAUAGUCCCAGGGCAAUGUGCUUGAUCGAUUUCGGGAUGCCCGUUGAUAAAGAAGACUAUGCUGACGUGGCCAACGAACAGGGACUGACGAGAAAGUUACACAGCAAUGGGGUACUGAAACGUAAACUGCACGAACUAGAAACCAAAAACGGUGGGCGAAAAAACUUUGAGUUUUGUGCUUUCAGGGAUCCUGUUUUAUACGUGGAACAUCUUUCGAAAAAUUCGCUACUGGUCAUUGACAAACCAUGGAUAGGAGUUCUUGACACUUUAGAUACCCAGCCUGUGCACAGACAUGUUUUUGGGACUUGA